ACAGGGACAGAAUCAGAAAGCCAGGGACAGGGGCGGAAAAAGAAGGGAAACAGCAGGGGACAGAACGAAACACAGCGGAUCCAAACCACUACCGCUCAAACACCAACCAAUGACAGAUAAGCUGCACAUCGCAACAUGGAACGUGCGUGGGCUGGGGGACACCUCUCGAACGUUUAAGCAAAGUCGUUUGAAAACAUGGGUACACAGACAGAGAGUGCAGGUUGUUCUUUUGCAGGAAACCAAGUUGGAUGAGCCGAAAAUCGCCCAGCUGGCACGCUGGUGGGCUGGCCCUCAGUUUUGGGACCCAGCCAACGGCACAAGGGGGGGGACUGCAAUCCUGAUCCAUCGAGAGGUAGAACUAACUGUCCUUGAUAGUAGAGCAGAUAUCUGGGGACAAUGGGUUUGGGUGAAGUUCAGAAUGCAUGAACAGGAAUGGGUGAUAAUGUCAGUGUACGCACCUGCUGUUCCCGGGGAAAGGAGGUCUUUUUUCGCAGAACUUCCUUACAUUGUGCCUGAUGCGCAGAACAUGGUGGUUGCUGGGGACUUCAAUACGGUACUUCAUCCAGGACUGGAUUCGCCGGUCCAAGAGGAACGAAAGGCGGAUGCACGACUGCUCCUGCAAUUCAUGGCGGAAAGAGACCUCACAGACACAUUCAGACAAAUGAACCCGGAGGAUGCUGGCUUUACCUGGUUUUCCAAUCAGUUAAGGGAUGAUCAACCGAUGGCAAAACGCAGGCUGGAUCUCAUCCUGGCCAAAGGGGUGGCGUGGGAAUCAACGUCGGAAGUCCAGGUGGCCACAGAUUCCUCUUCGGAUCAUAAACCAGUCUCAGUGCUUCUCAGGCUGGAAAGUGGAGUGAAGAGGGAGGCCGGUGCUUUUCGCUUGAACACGGAAAACCUGAAGAAUCCUGCGGUGUUGGACUGGUGUAAAAAGCACUGGGAGGAGUGGGAGAGAACAAAGGACUGGUUUGGAUCGGAAGAGGAGUGCACGCAACUGGGGUUCCGAAUAAUUACCAGAGCUCUAGAUGCUUUUUCCAGAAUUCUUGCCAAAGGAAGAAACAAGGAGGAACUGGACUGCAUUGCCCAGAUUGAGGAGGCAGAGGAUCAAAUGGGGAGGGACCCUUUGACUAAUAUUUAUUGGGAAAGAAGAAGAGUCAAUGGGAUCAAAAAACUGGAGGGUAUCCAAAUUGGACAGCAAGAGGUUUGGGCAAGGAGAGCGAAGGAAAGGGGCAUGGCGCAAGUUGACCGUAUGACAAAGGAAACUUUUCGCAGAUUGUGCCCUCCACGCAGUCAUAACCUGAUCAGAGCGUUGCAGCACCCCUUCAACGCACAGGCAGACUUGGCGGUAUCAACUGCAGACAUGUGUCAGUACGCAGCAGAUUACUACACCGACAUCCUCACCUCAAGAAGACCCUCAGGGGAAUCUCUGUCAGACCUGCAGAAUCAGAACGAACUUUGGCAACACACUACAGGAAAACUGUCCCAACAGCAAAGACUGAGCUUGGACCGGCCGCUCACACUUGUUGAACUGAAGGAAGCAAUCCAAAAAAUGGCAAGGGGCAAGUCGCCUGGGGAUGACGGACUUCCGAUUGAGUUCUUUGAAGCCACAUGGGAGCAAGUGGGCCCGAUCCUAUUGAACUUGUUUAACGGAGUGCUGGAAGGGGGUCGCCUAACAAAGGACAUGUGUAGAGGAGUGAUCACAUUGUUGUACAAGAAGGGUGAUAAACUCAAUGUUCGAAACUGGCGGCCCAUUUCUCUGCUGAAUGUUGCUUAUAAGAUUUUGGCGAAGGCUCUGUCGAGACGAAUUGGGCAAUACUUGACAGAAUUAGUAAAGUCAGAUCAAGGAGCGUUUGUCAAAGGGAGAUCGAUAGCAGAGAACUUAAUGGUGGCAAUGGGUAUGUACAGGUUCUCGACAGCAACUGUUUUGGUCAAUGGUAGGAAGUUUCAGGAGUUUGCCUUGACUCGUUCUCUGCGUCAAGGGUGCCCUCUGGCCCCACUCCUCUUCGUCCUACAAAUUGAAGUCGUCCUGAACGCAGCAACGUCAAACAGAGUGUUGAAAGGUUUGGAACUGAGGGAAGGGGUGGAAGUGAAAACUGGGGCAAUCGCGGACGAUCUGCUUCUUAUCACCGAAGCCACCAGUGAAUCCAUGGGAGCAGCGAAGAGCAUCUUGGACCAAUACUCAGUCUUGUCCGAAGCCAAAGUGAAUUGGGACAAGUCUGUGUACUUCCUCCCAGAAGAAUUUGAAGUAGAAGACAACUGGUCCAUGAAGCGUAUUCGUUUUAACGAAACAGAACGAUAUCUUGGGCUGCAAGUCUCGCUGUCUAACAGCCGGCCAGCCCAGGACAGAAUCUUGCUGAGCAAGGUGGAAGCUAGGACCAAGAAGUGCAAUUCUGCAAUGGGUCUUUCGCUAAUGGGCCGGGCUGCAGUUAUCUCUACUUCAAUCUUCUCACUUAUCUGGCAUAUUGCAGCGGUGAUACUGAUCUCCAGAGCCACCCUCAAACAGAUUCGAAGAGUGGCAGCCCGGUACUUAUGGAAGCCUGGAGAGCAGGAAGACACGGGUUUUAUUUCUAAAGUUUCGUGGGACAAGGUCACGCAAGCGAAGGGCGAAGGAGGUUUGGGGAUUGUGGAUCCAGAAAGGCAGAAUGUGGCAAUGCUGGGGAAAUGGCUCCAGAAGAUCAGUCUUCAAGAAGAGGAACGUAACUGGAUGUUAAUUCUCCAAUACAUUCCGCAGCACGAAUUUCAUCUAACCCGUAAGGAGGAUGUUUGGCUCUGCAUACAAAUGGCAGCCUUUCUCAAGCGCAGACCCAAAUCCGCCCUGGGUGCAGCCUGGUGUGCAGCCUGGAGCAGAUUGAGACCUCAAUUACCUGUGGCUCCUGUGCUAAAAGAAGACAUUUUGAUGCAACAUUUGUUUGAAAAUCCAAACAUCAUGGAUUCGAAUGGCUGCAGUUUUGAAGUUUCAGGGGCGGGAAAUUUUGGGAAGAAGUGGAUAGAGAAAGGAGUGUCCAGAAUCAAGGAUUUAUGGGAUGAAGGGCAGAGGAGAUGGACGUCUGAAGUCAAUCUUCCGAGAGUGUUGGGAAGACUCCGAGAGGUGGGCACUCGGCUGGGAGAACUGUUAGAGGCCAUACCAGCUGAUUGGAAAGCGGUGCUGACAAAACAGGACACUAAGGAAAGGGGAGGUUGGUACAAAGUGGAACAACAGCGGGCGAAUCCUACUCAAGUUCUGAGAUUGGAGGAGAAAAUGGAAGAAGGAGUGUGGAAAGUCACUCUCUGGGAACCCCUUAGAGGCAACAUGAAUGGAGCCAAGUUGAGAAGGAUCAGCGAGGAGACUAUGAACGCAGACCAGUCGCUCGUAGCGGUGAGGGUGUGUCUACAGCCGGGGCUCAGGCGAGGCUUGGAGUACGUCCUGAUACAAGGGGGAGCAGCUAUCCUGGACCUACGGUUGGACCCAGCGAGGUACUCCUGGCAGUACACGGGCCAAAAUAGUAAAACGCUAGUGGACUAUGACACGAAGCUGGGAAGGAGAAUUCAGAAGCCACCAGAGGUCAGUACGAUCCACAUCUGCGAAAGAUUGGCCAGAACGUUCAAUCUCCAGCAGAUACCAUCUGCGACUGAAAUGAAGAUACUUUGGGCUUCGCUGCCUUACCUCCCCAGUCUCAAGUUGGCAGGCCUCUUGUGGCUAAUGUCUCACUCUGCGGUUCCCUCAGCCAAGUGGCUGGGAGACAAAGGGAUGGAUGUGCAGCGGCAAUGCCUCCGAUGCGGUAACUCCCAGGAAGAAUCCACAUUCCACUUAAUAUGGGACUGCCCGCCUCCAAGCGGAUAUGGAGAUGCUGGGCAUACCACUGGCACCGUAUGGGUUCCGCCUUGACCUGGGAUGAAAAGUGGGUGGUUGGGGGGCAACUCCCCCCCCUCUUUUUCAGUCACAGCGGGUGGGGGUAUAUGGCACAGGCUAUCCGCUCAGCUAUUGCCUGGACCAUAUGGGAGGAUCGGAACAGCAUUCUGUUCCGGAAUGAAUGGACAUCAGACGC